AUGCCGUGGAAUAGACGGAGCGGCGGUGGGAGCUCAUGGCAGGAAUCCAAUUGGGACCAGGAAGAAUCCUGGCAGAGAGAGUACCCCGAGUAUCCUAUUCAGGAGUCAACUUGGUCUGCUUCCUGGGCCAAGCAGGAGAAGCGGGAGGAUUCGUAUGAGGCAUGGACCACAUCUGCAGAAGAUGUGUGGUCGAAUUGGGGGAAGGAUAACAAUGGAGGCUCGUGGGGCGAUCGGGACGAUCCCUGGUCCUCUUGGAAUGGGGGUGGCACGAAGAGUGGUCAACAAUGGACCAAGGAUCAGACAUCCUGUGAAGACCAGUGGAGCGCGGGGCAAUCUUGGAAUGCAGACCCGUGGUCUUCCCAAACCCAGGCUGAAGCUGACCCUUGGUCACGCUAUGGUGGCUCAAAGCAGGCGCAGGCCAAAGAAGACGCCUGGACCGAAGAUCCUUGGCAGAAACACGACCCAUGGAAGGCGAAGGAUCCUUGGAAGGAUUCUUGGGCCCAAGCAGAAGACCCAUGGACGUCACAGGAAGAUCCGUGGGCCGCGGAAACAAAGGAUUACCAAAGGUCUUCAUGGGGUGGCGACAAUUCAGACAAGAAGUGGACUACGUGGAACGCAAUCGAAGCGUGGGGCGACAAAUUGGUGGAGGUCGAUUGGACCACCCGACCGCCCAUCGAUAUCAAGAAAGAUUUCUACUCGGAAUGCGCAAACCCACUUGCGGAGAACCGCAGUGCUGAAGAAGUAGCAGCCAUUCGGCACUCCGACGACAUCGAAAUUAUCGAUGGCGACAGCAGCGUGCCACACCCAAUCUGCUCUUUUGAGGAGACAUGUUUUCCGGAUGACUUGAUGGACAGGCUGACCGAGCAGCACUUCCAGGAGCCUUCACCUAUCCAAAAGCAGAUUUGGCCUCUUGCAAUGCAGGGCCGGGACCUUGUGGGCAUUGCAGAGACAGGAUCUGGCAAGACAGCUUUGCUGGAGAAAGGGGAUGGGCCUGUGGCUCUGAUCUUUGCUCCCACCCGGGAGCUAGCCUCGCAGAUCAAAGAGCAAUGCGAUCUCUAUGGCUUGCCGAGAGGCAUAAAGACCUGCACCAUUGUUGGUGGGACUCCUUCUCGCCAGCAGAGGGAGUGGCUCGAGGACAAGAAUGACAUUGUAGUGGCAACACCAGGACGAUUUAUGAAUGCCUUGGGUGAUGGUUGGGUUACGCUCAACAGGGCCACCUAUGUGGUCCUCGAUGAAGCAGACGAGAUGCUCAAGAAGGAGUUCUAUGAUCAGAUCAAGCUCAUUCUGUCACAAGUGCGAAAGGAGCGGCAAGUCCUUAUGUUCUCGGCCACCUGGCCAGAGGAGGUGAAAUGCUUUGCUCAGGAGAUUUGCACAGCCAGUGACGGAAUGCCACCAGUGGUUGUGCGCAUUGGUGGGAGCAAACUUGCAGCCUGCAAGUUCAUUGAACAACACACCGUAAUGGUGGAUGGAGAAGAUGAGAAGUAUGAACAACUCUUGGAGAAGUUGCAGUCUCCAGAAACUUUCAAAGACGAUAGCAAGGCUAUCAUUUUUUGCAGGACCCGCGGUGGAGUCCAAAGGUUGGUGGAUCGGCUGAAGGAAGAGCACUUUCUGUGGAAUGAGAACAACGACUUCAUGGUUGCCUGCCUGCAUGGGGAACUACAGCAACAUGACCGGGAUUACGCCAUGAAACGAUUUCGGAGUGGUGAAGUUCCCUGCGUUGUUUCCACAGGGGUCUUGGCUCGUGGCCACGACAUCCCGAAGGUGCGCUUUGUCUUCAACUACGAUCUUCCCAGUGCACCUGAAGACUAUAUCCACCGAAUAGGGCGAACCGGUCGCGCUGGAGCCAAAGGCUACGCAAUGAGCUUCGUCGAUAGGUCAAGUUGGAAAGAGAUGGAGUCUUCAUCAUUGUUUCUGAUGGAUGUGCUGAAAGCCACAGAUCAAAAAGUGGAACCCGACUUGAAGGAUGCGGUGGACAGCUACCAAAAAACCCAAGUCUGGAAUGAAGAGGAGACGGGGAACGAAAAUGGGUGGGGAGCAGAGGAUGGUGCAGUAGAGGCAUCGCCAGAGGCAGAGUGGGAUUGGAGUGACCCAGCGAAGCAGGAGGCGAUGCAGGAAUGGCAGCAGCAAAAUGCCUCGUGGCAGCAAGACACUCAAGACUCCCCAGCAUGCUCAGGUGAAGCGUAUCAAAACGCAAGUGCUGCAAGUUGGGAGGUAGACGCAGCCGCCACAACAGCCCCCGCCACCGACCCCGCCACCGACCCCGCCACCGACCCCGCCACAGCCCCGGCCACAGCCCCGGCCACAGACCUUGCCACAACCCGCAAACCUCCUGGUCUGGAGGAGCCGGCAAUCACAAUUUGUCCAGAAGCAGUUGAGACGGCAGUCGAGCCUGCAGAACCUGCAGGACAGCAGGUUUCGCCCGAGGUUGUGGAAGUUCAGAUUGAUGCACUUGUGCUGGACACCGACGAUGUUGCACAGAGCAAGGCGCAACAGUUGGAAGAGGGACCUGUCCUUAGUGAGUUGCUUUCGCAUCUGAAGAAAAAGUGUCUUGUUUGGGACCCUGAAGACAAUGGGCCUCCAUCCAGCAAGUCAAACAUACUUGAGACUUCAGAGAAAUAUUUCAUUUGGAAGAGAGGCUCCAGGUGUUCCUGGUCAUCAUGUUCACCUUCAUUCUACCCCCUCACACUGAAUGUCAUCCAACGUCAUCUCGUCUCAUCCCAUGUUGGCCCACUUCAGUUCGCCUCAUGUAGAAAGGAUGGAAGAAGGACAGGAAGCCAAAAAGGAAGGUCUAAAGGUGUAAAAUGGUGUAACUGUAAGUCAGAAAAGAGAAGACAAAGACAGAAAUAA